CCACCUAUCUAUCUGCAGUUCUACACUCCCAGCCCCAAAGGUGGCCACCAUGGCUCUGGAGGGGAAACAAGUUUCUGGAGAUUCUGUUACCAUGUACGCCAUCCAAUGCUGCGAAUGCGAGAAAUGGCGUAUCAUUCCAACGAAAGAAGAGUUUGAGAAAAUCCGUAUGAACUUCUCCGUGGAGCUAUGGUUCUGCAGGAAAAAGCCCAACUGCUCAUGUGAGCACCCUGAAGAUAUCCAGUAUGAUAGCAGCCGCAUUUGGGUCUUGGACAGGCCUAGCAUCCCUAAGCCUCCUCCGGAGACACGGAGGCUGGUGAUCAUGAGGACCGAUCUAUCUAAGAUGGACGCCUACUAUGUCAUGCCAAAUGGGAAGCGUGUGAGGGCCAAAACCGAUGUAGAUAGGUUCCUGGCAGAAAAUCCAGAGUAUGCUGCUACCUUACCAGCUUCAAGCUUCAACUUCUCAACACCUAAGAUUGUUAAGGAGACUGUUUCUGAGAGUGCAAAGUGGGUGAUCGCAAAGGCUAAGAUGGCAGGUCGUAAGGAACAGGGUGCAACAAAUGUCCAGAGUGGCAGCAGCAAGUAGUCACCAUUGAACCUAUGAAUCUAGAUGCACCACACUUCAGGUGACGCCAAACUUGCGAAAGAUAUGGGAGCAGCCACCUUAGAAACCUACCUAUUUCCCUUCCUUGUUUACCUCAAGAAGUCAUGCUAUGUUUUGCAAGUUGCUUUUAUGUGUCGAACCUUUAUAUUUAAGUUCAUAUCGACUGCUGCAAAGUUUUAGAACUAUUUUCA